UGUUACAGCUUUAAAAGGCUGGGUGACUCCCCCCUGAUCAGUUGCACUUCAACAAACUCUCUCCUCACACUUCCCAAUUCGGCUUCGAGCGACACAUGGAAAUGGAGAACCAGAUGGAAAGCCAAAAGGGAAGAGGAAUUAGCAAACAAGACUUAAUAUCUGAACGGACGGGGUCUCUUGGAUGCAUUGGUUGGUUCAUCGUCAUACUCUCUGGCAUCUUUACCAUCUGCCUCGCCCCGUUCACUAUCUGGUUUUGUCUGAAGAUUGUUCAGGAGUAUGAGCGCGCCGUCAUCUUCAGACUGGGUCGCAUCACAGACAGGAAGGCUAAAGGACCAGGAAUUUUCUUUGUUUUGCCGUGCACCGACUCCUUUGUGAAGGUGGAUCUGCGAACAGUUUCAUUUGACAUCCCACCACAAGAGAUCUUGACCAAGGACUCGGUUACAGUUUGUGUGGAUGGAGUUGUGUACUUCCGGGUCAGCGACCCCAUCGCCUCUGUGGCCAACGUGUCUAAUGCUGACUUUGCCACCCGUCUGCUGGCACAAACCACCCUCAGAAAUGUUCUGGGGACAAAGAACCUGUCUGAGCUCUUGUCUGAUCGUGAGGGCAUCGCUCACAGCAUGCAGACCAGCCUGGAUCAAGCCACAGACGACUGGGGCAUCAAGGUGGAGCGUGUGGAGAUUAAAGAUGUGAAGCUGCCACAUCAGCUGCAGAGAGCCAUGGCUGCUGAAGCAGAGGCAUCACGAGAGGCCAGAGCCAAGGUGAUUGCAGCCGAGGGUGAGAUGAAUGCAUCUCGUGCCCUGAAGGAGGCUUCCCUCGUGAUCGCAGAGUCUCCGUCAGGCUUGCAGCUUCGCUACCUGCAGACCCUCAGCACCAUCGCAGCAGAGAAGAACUCCACCAUCAUAUUCCCCCUGCCCAUGGACAUCAUAUCUCACUUCAUGCGGAAGUGAUUUCUCAGUGAUAAUUCAUAUUGAUGGUCCCAUAUAGUCAAUGUAUAUUCAUUUCUGCAGCCACGUGUAAUAACUGCCAGAACGCAAGAUAAUGUUGUUGAAUGGUCCAAUUUUUUUUCAAACUGAUCAUACAAACACCUGAAUGGUUUGUAUAGUCAAACUGUGACGAGGCCAAGCCUGCGAACCAAUGUGAUUUAGAUUAAAUACAGAGUAGUCAGCAUAGUUUAUAUAUCAUACAUUUUGUUAUGAAACUAAUGUUAUAUGUUAAUAAAGUAUAUCUAUAUAAGAUGUAUGCAAAAUGCAAUCAUACUAAUAAAUGGAGAAAUCCAUCCUUCUUUC